CAGAUGCCCUCAGUUUGCUCCGCGUAACCAGUUCGAGUAGCAGCCUGUGCAACGAGCUCUCUCAGCCAGUAGAGAUGUCUCCGUCGUUUGCGUUCAUUCCUCACUAAUGGGCCACGGACCUGUUCACGCGGUUGGGAUUACCCAGUGAUAUGUGUCUUCGAUUGUUCUGAGUCAAGUAUUUUCCAUUGUGAGUAAUUUAUUGUAUUCUUUUUCAGACAUAACUGUGAUAAUUUUUUUAAACAAACAAGUGAUGAUGGCCAUGAUGAGACUGUGGUGUUUUGUCGUACUGUGCGCCGUCUUGGUGAUGUGCGAAGAGAGGCUAGAGGAUAAGAUGGUGGAAGAGGACAAAGGGUUUGGUGAAGAAAAUUUGAAUUCCUACGGUGGGACUGUUGUGGACGAUAAAUUAUCUUCGGGAACACCGAUUGUGGAUGCAGCUAGUGAGCAUUCGGUAACGACAGUGGACGCUAAUGUCACUCUAUUGAACGAUGAAAGCAGUCAAUCAGUCACGACUGUUCCUACAAAAGAAACGACAGAUUUAGACACUAAGCCACCUAUGACUGUGUCGAAUCCUCCACCAACAUUUACCACCCACAAAAUCGACCCUAAAAAGGAUUCGAAGAAGAAAAAUAAGCAUAACUUCAAGAAAAAGGAUAAGCAUUUAGAUGAUGAAGAAGCUAUGGAAAUGCACCAUGACCAUAAAAUGAAAAUUAUGGAGACUACAACAAAUUCCAAGCCUGUUGAUACCGAGGCUUUGACCGAUAGUGUGACAACUGUAAUGACGACUCAUAUCAUUCCAGUGACAACGGAAGAGGCUCAUGAGACAACAACAGCUGGUCAGAAAUCCUCUGAAAUGCCUCAGACAGAUUUAAAUACGGAUUCAAUGCGAUUAGCUCGAGAUGAAUCUGAUAUGACAACAACAGAAGCCGCCAUGCCGACUAUGGAAGGGGAUAUGUUAAACGACAAACAAGAGACGACACCUCAGACUGAUUUGUUCGAAACAACAAUGAACCCCGAUGUAAUGCACGAAACAAUGGCAGAAACAAACUCUUCCCAGACCACAACAAACGGACCGCCGAUGGCUGAGACAACACUAAGCCCUCAGGAAGAAGCAGUAACAACGACUCAUCCUGAAGUUUUAAUUGUCACUGAAAACAAUGAGCCAACAACCACUGCUAUCAAUACAAUGCCGAUUGAAGACGGUGUGACAGAAGUAUUGAUGAAAUCCGAGAAUUUUGACAAGACGGAAGAAAACACAGUUGCAAAUGAGGCCGAUCACACAUUCACGACUGCCGAAGAAGAAGAAAUAAACAGCGACCAUAAUAAUCUGAAUAAUGAUCUCUCUGACAAGAUGACCACCGUCCAUACUGAAAUGAUAAUGGACAGCACCACUCUUCCACCAGUCUCUCGCAAACAUAAACAAAUGGAUCUCGACAAUACGGAAGAACCGUGCCUCUGCGAUGAGCCUAAGGUGGUUGCCAAUUGCGUGGGCGGCCGAACAUUGCCUGACCCAAACUGCCCUUGCCGAACCACCUGUGCUAGACAAUCAGGAGAAUCAUGCUCCCCAGGGGAGCCCUGUGACGAAGAAUUUGGUCUAAGAUGCAGCCUGCAAAAUAGUACUUGUCAAGGUCCAUUAUCUAUCGAAGUUUUCGAUGUCACUCAUAAUUCUGCUAAAAUAAGAUGGGGAUCAACUGAAUCAGAGCUCCAGCCACAAGCUUUAGUGUAUUACACUUCAGCAUUCAGAGGUAUCCAUACGCAGUGGGAUAAAGUUAUCGGUAUCAAGCCUGCUAUUUUAGAAAAUCUUCUUCCAGGAAAAACUUAUUACGUGAAAGUUGAAGAAGAUGGAAAGCAAGAAAUAUCAACUUUCACAACCAAAGAGAAUGUUAUUGGAAAUAUGCCUAAGAUCUUGGUCAAGCAACGCAGCCAAACCACCCUGACCGUCGUCUGGGACGAUUUCCGUUUACCCAGCUAUCAUUCAGAAUAUAUCUUGGAAUACAAACCAUCGGGUGACAGUAGCCAAGACUGGACGAAAGUUCAAGCUGGAACUCAAACUAUUGUAACAGUGACGCAUUUGAAACCCAACACACCGUAUGACAUGAAAGUAGCCGUUUGGGAAGAUGAUAAACUAGAACUGCCAUCUGAAGUGAUCACAGCAUACACCGCAGAUGGAUGCGUGAAAGACAAUCGAAUGUACAAUGUUGGAGAGGAGUACUUCCUCGAGUGCGAUGCUCGCUGCGUCUGUAACGGAAACAAUGAGACCUCCUGCACUCCCCGCUGCAACGCACCUUACGUGAAGAUUGGAUCCAAAGAUGCAGAUCCCUUGUGUUACGAGAAACCUCUUCCAUCAGAUCCCUGCUGUGUCACCAUCAGAUGCACAGAGUCCAAAUUUUAUGGUGAUAAUGGAGAAUCCAAAAACAAAUCAGGAGAAUGUCCGGAAAUCUUUGAGGAUUCCGAAGCUGAAUCCAAAUGCUUGUCUGACUGUGACCAUGAUGGUGACUGCAGUGGUAAUCUGAAGUGUUGUCCAAGUUCGUGUGGUGGAGCUGUGUGUGCACAUCCACUGAUGCCAGAAGAUGUCUGUGAACACAUAUACUGUGGACCAAAUGCUGUCUGUGUAUCAGAGAAAAUGUCUUGCGAAUGUGCGGACGGUUAUGAAGGAAAUCCUCACGACUUCUUAACAGGAUGCAUAUUAGCUAAUUCCACCGAAAACAGCACUGAACCGCAGAGCAGCCGAUCAGGCUUUGAAUUAAACUUAGAUGACAAAGAACACACCGAAAUGAAAAACCACAGUACUGCCAACACUCCAGAAGAUAAAUCCAGCAGCUCUGAAAUUAAGAAUGAACUUGAAACUGAAAGCCACGACACCGCAAAAGAAGCUAUUCCAACCGAAACUCCUUUCCAAUUGGAUCUUUCUAAUAAAACUGCACUCCCGGAGGAGAAAGAAGAAACUACUACUAUGAAAGGAGAAGCGCCGGAUGACGAAGAAAACUUCCAUUAUAGAAGGCCUCAAGAUGUCGGAGCAGAUGAAAUGAAACCAGAUGAUGAGAAAACUGAAGAAAUAUCUGGUAGAGAAAUGAGGAAUCAAACUUCAGAUGCCCCCAUACCUUUCGACGGUUGUGAAUUCAACAAUGUUACUUACGAUCGAGGCGUUGCGUUCGAGGACGGGUGUGAGGCUCGCUGUACCUGUGAAGGUCGAGGACAUGUAUCCUGUGUGCCACGGUGCACCAUCCUCUCAGCAGGAGGACCCAGCUGCAAAGAAGUACAAGACCCCGAUGAUCAUUGCUGUAAGAUCAUGGUCUGCAGUUUUCCUGGUAGCACCGAAAAAGAAGAAGUUGAUGGUUUGCCCGUGAAAAUUAUGACUGCCCUUGCUCAAAAUGGCACAUCCAUACGGGUGCGCAUUGCAUUGUCCAUGUCUCGACUUCCCGCCAUGGUAGGAAGAGAUUUAUUUGAAGUAUGGUACCGAGAAUCCUCUGACAGCGACAAUGACCUGUCUCAAUGGAAUAAGAAGCUGGUGUCUCAGAAUGAGCUGACAGAAGUGCAACAAGGCGUUUUUGAGUUUGACAUCAAUGAUCUCAUGCCCCAAACCGACUAUUUCAUAAAAGUUGGAAAAGCGAAUCAAGGAUCUGAUACUUUAAACAUUGCUGAAUUCAGCAACACAGUUAAUGUUAAAACGUUUCCUGCCGCGGUGAAAACAGUCUUCCAAGGCUGUUUCCAUCACAAUCAGUCCUACAGUCUUGGUGAAAUCUUCUAUCAGGGAUGCGAACACAAAUGCAUCUGCCGUGAGAAAGGUUUCAUUGAAUGCCAGGACAGAUGCGAGAUCUAUAUCGACACUGUUGGGUAUGAAGGCUGUGACUGGGUACCAUCUGAAGAGGAUCCUUGUUGCACUAUCCCCAUGUGCAAUCGCCGCAAGAUACCUCUGAUGCCAGAUGGCCGUGUGCCUUUUACAGGAGCUCCUGAGAAUAUGUGCGUUGUUGACCAUAAUGAAAUGUACAGAGUUGGCGAUAUUUGGGAAUCGGGCGACGGUUGCAGGACCAAAAUUUGUCGGUGCACUUUGUUGGCCAACGGCAGCACUAGCAUUCAGUGCCAGAGUGAAUGCCCUCCCUUGGCCCCCAAUGCUCACAUCCCCACAGCACGUUGUCCUCAUCCAAUGCUCAUCAAGCCUGAUGGACCCUGCAGUUGCCCAUAUGUGGUCUGCAACGAACCGCCAAGACGUGUCGUACAACCGCCAAGACCUCAAUGUGAGUUCAAGGGGCAAAGGUAUGAUAUGGGUCAAGAAUUCCACGAUGGCUGCAUUGCCCUCUGCCACUGUGGUCAGGAUCUUCAUGUGAGCUGCGCACCCAUUGAAUGUCCGUACCACUUCUCGGCCGAAUUCAGCAAUUGUCUGGAGUGGGACAUUGACCCCAACUUCUUCCCCAUUCCCCCACACUGCUGUGCUCCAGCUAAGUGCAAAAAUGAUGGUUCCUGCAUGUUCAGCAACAGAAAAUUCGAAAACUUUCAAGUGAUACCUACCGAACUCCUUCCAUGCGGUGCAGGAUGUGUGUGCGUCAAUGGCAAUGUGACAUGUGAGAACAGGUGUCCGCCCGUAGAAGAUGUACCUCCUGUCAAUCUACCUUGUUCACCAAAUCUUGCCUUCAAAGGUCAUCCAGAUGGAGACACUUGUUGUUUACAAUGGAUGUGCAAGGAACCGUUGAAAACAAAUUACUGCAUGUUUCAAGGUUCAAGAUAUUUAGUAUCCGAACAGUGGGAAGUGCAAAAAGGCACCCAACAGAAGCUUUGUUCCUGUCGUCUGAAUGAAGUGGGCAGCCCUGAAGUCGAAUGCCGAGGAAACUGUCCUCAGAUUCCGGAAAAAUUCCUCCAACCCACUGAACAGUGUCUGCGACCUGUUAUUGUGAGCCCUGAGGAUCCUCUCAUGUGUCCUUAUGUGGUCUGCAACAACACUGUGUCAGGGCAUGAUCUUUAUAAUGUGAACGUAGUAGCGUUGAAUUCCACUGCUGUUCGUGUUCGAUUCUCGUUGUCCAACAUCUUGGUGGGUCUCAUCGGCCACGCUGAACUUCACUUUACCACAGACCCAACUCUUCCUCCCAGCCAAUGGCAUAUUCAGAAAUUCUCCCGCCCCAAGAGACUUUUCGAUAGUGCCAACAUCGAAUACAUCCUAAAUGCUUUGAGGCCCAACACUACUUACUUCUUGCAAGUCAAGAUUAAGAUAGAUGCUUUGCAAGGUGGACCUCAGAGUGAACUCUUUAAACUCACUAUGCCAGAGGAAAUAAUACCAACUACUACUACACCGACAACCACUACAACCACAGUCCCUCCCAUGAUGAUGAUCGACCCCAAAGCAGAAGCCCACGUCAUUGAUUCGAAGACUGUGAGAAUUUCUUGGAGGAAUUUCGAGCCUCAAGAAAAGAAAUACAUCUACGCAUUGCAGUUGAAAUACAAGAUGAAAAACGAGGCUGACGACAAGUGGAUCACAACACCGAUGAUUCACAGAGACGUGACUUCUUACUUCUUGCACGAUCUUGAACCAUCUGCAGAUUAUGUAGUGGAUGUGCUUUUCACCCCACCCAAAGACUUGCCGACGAAGAUAGUUUCCACCAAAGGUUUAAGUUUCAGGACAGCAGAAAAAAUGAAAGAAGACUAUCAUUUACAAGUUGCUGUUGAAGACAAUAAGAUUGAAACAGACAAAUCUUCAUUCUCAUUUGCUGGCAUUCCUGAACCCGUCACCAAGUACGUGCAUGUAAUAAAAAUCAUGUACAAAAGCAACGAUGGGGAGCAGUCUUACAGUUUCAAAGUUCCAAAAUCCAACCACAUAAUGCUGGAUCAUCUGAAGCCAGGCAAAAAAUAUUUAGCUCAGUUAGAGUUAUACUUGACGAAUGGUCAAACUUUGACAUCGAAUGAGGUAGAAUUCAUCACAAAGCCAGCAAAGCCGGAAGUCAAUGUAUCCGUAUCAGAUAAUGUAAUUAGUCAUGAAAGUCAUGGAAAUGGAAAACAGGCCGAAUUGCUUCAAAGUAAGGACAGCACCGAAGAAGAAAAUAAAGCCUACUUUAUUGCUUUGGUUGUAGUGGCUGUAGUGGCCGCUGUUGCUGCUUUCGGUUUCAUCCUGCUGUUGGUUCUUUUGGUGAGAAGGCAGGCCUCGGCAAAAGCUCCAAUUUCGAGAACCCCUUCAGAAUCUGCGUAUGAUAAUCCUACAUACAAAUUUAUAAAUAUGUUUCAGACUUAUGAUGGAGAAAGGCCCGAAGACAAAACGAACGGACAAACAAUUCAAACGACUCAAGCGUAGCCAACAGUUGCUGCAUAGGACUUUUUAUAAUCAUUUCAAGCAUUGACACCUGCCUGCAAAGUAAUUCGAUGGAUUUUAUAGAAGAAGGUUGCCUGGUGCAGUGAAUUGUGAUCCAAACGGUUGGGUAGUCAAUCUUCUUUUUUUACUGCCAUUUAUAUAUGGAAUAAAACAGAAAAUGAGUCAUUGGAGUUCUAUUCGCUAUGAGUGAAAUUUAGGUCAUUUGUGUUGUAGUCAGUUUUUUAAAAAUAAUGUCUUACUUACUUCAGGAAUUUUUUUUAUUAAAAAAUAUCUCUUCAAUAUCAGUUCAGAUAAACAAUGUGUUUAUGUCUCUAUAAAACGUAAAAUUAAAGACUUUAGAAAUUCAGAAACCACUGUGAUGUAAUUUCGUAGAAACAAAAUUCUUUGUGGCAUAUUAUUUUAAUUAUAGAAUAUUAUAGUUUAUCGGAAUGAAUUAUUUAAUUAGAAUAUCAAGCAGCGAUUUUGAAAUCUGUGAAUAUAUUUGUGAUUAUUUUGUACAAACAAAUAUUGAAAUUCAAGGUGACCUCUUGUUUAUGAUAGGUCGUAAAAUUACUUAUUUGUGAUAUCUUGCUCAAGAGAAAUUUUAUGAAAAAGAUUGUAAAAAAGAAGAAUAUAUUUCGUAAACAAAUUAUAAAUUUGUAAAGUAUGUGGUAAUUUAAAUGUUUAUUUAAUUUGUGUUGUUCUAUUGUUUAAAGUUUUAGUUAUUUGUUGAAGAUGUAUCCCUUACAUUAUAAGUUUUGCUUUUUAAUGAAAAAAUAAUAAUAAUACCCUCUAAUGUGUGUGCAACUACAAGUUUCAUAAAAAUAAUUAAAAUUAGUAAUAGCUUUUUAGAUAUAAGAUUUGUUCUUCUGUUUCUUAAGAAAUAAAGGAUUUAUUGCAAAUAUAUAUAAUAUCGCUGAAGUAAAUAAUUUUACUUUAAAGAAUUAAUUAAUGUGAAAUUUUUAAGCAAAUGAGACACCAAUGUAUCAAAUGGAAAUUCUCAGUUUCUUUUCCGCUUAAAAGUUCAGUGAAAUGCUUUUAUAAAUUUGCAUUAAAUCCUUCAUUUCUAAAUGUAAUUUGUGUGUCUGUGUUUUUAACUCAUAUAAUGAGCCUGAUUUUACAGUCAUUUCUGUUAAUGCAAUCAAUAUUAGAAAAAAUGUAAAAAGAAAAAAAAUUAUUAAAGCUAUCUACAUUCAUCCAAAAAAAAAGUUGUUUAUUGCAUGUGUUAUAUAUUGUACAGUAAGAGAUUUAUAUUUUUAUAUGCAUGUGCACUAUUUUCCAGAAUCCUUUUGUAAAGCACUUUGUAAUGAAUCAGAAUAUUAUAAUUAUGCAAAGUUUGUAUAUAGUUCAAAUAUUGUACUGCAGAUGUUUUAUGUAUCUUGAACAAGUCUGAUGAGACGUGUUGUAAAAUAAAAUUUAUUGA